AUGGCUACUGUGGUUGCAUCUCACAACAUUGGACUCUGGCAAGACCGACGAGAACCCUCAAUGCACAUUCCUAACAUGCAUCUCAACAACAUCAUGCCUCCCUACGACACUUCGCGGAAUGUCUCGAACGCUCCUGUCUCUCGAGAAUAUCAACCCACUUCAAACCACAUGGACAUGAACAACAUGCCUCUCUACUCAGCAAACACUCUCCCUACCUCCGUCCCCUACCAAGCUGGAGCAUAUGCAUACGACGUUCCCACAUCGGUACCAGUAAACCCAUAUAACAUGCAGCAAGCUUCCUACUACGCAUCGACCAUGCCACAUCCCGUGUCAUACCCUCAAUCACAUGAUAUUCAGGCGCUCCCCACUCUGCCAGAUGUCCGACAUGUGUUCAACCCAAACGUCAAGUCCGAGGGUACAUCACCGGCGCAGUCAAACCAAAUGUAUGCGGAUCCGUCCUAUGGGACUGAAUUGAAGCGAUCCACUUCAGAGCCUACAGAAGGCAGCGGUGCCAACUUCGCUACUGAUGUGGACACUCUUAUGAAGGCCAUUCAGGCGAAGCAGACAAACCCGCCUCCAGAGAAUGAACAGAAGGACGAUGCAUCAAAGAAUGCCCAGAAGCCUAGGAAGCGUUAUCAGUGCACUGUGCCCAACUGCAACAAGAGCUUCUACCAGAAGACACACCUUGAGAUCCACAUACGCGCCCAUACUGGUGACAAGCCAUUUCCUUGCAAAGCACCUGGAUGUGGCCAGUCCUUCUCGCAGCUCGGCAACCUCAAGACACAUGAAAGGCGUCACACCGGAGAGCGACCGUACAGCUGCGACAUCUGUGGCAAGACAUUCGCCCAACGUGGCAACGUUCGCGCACACAAGAUUGUUCACCAACAGAUCAAGCCCUUCAGCUGCAAGCUAGACGACUGUGGCAAGCAGUUCACUCAGCUAGGCAACCUCAAGUCCCACCAGAACAAGUUCCAUGCCGCUACUCUCAGGUACCUUACCACAAAGUUUGCGACUAUCAACCCAGGCGACUAUGUCUCCCAAGAGGACAAGGAACUCUGGGAGUACUUCGCAUCGCUAUACAAGAACUCCAACAAGGGUAUUAAAGGUCGAGGCAAAGACAGGCGCAUCUCCGCCAUGUCAUCAUCCGCUUCUUCAUACCCUUCUUCAUACGCCUCUAUGUCAAUGGCUCCCAUGGCCCGAGGCUACUCUACCUCUUUCCACCAACAAAGCAGCGACCGGGAGAGCCGCUGCUCAUCGAUGUCUUCCGACACCAUCACAAUACAACGAACAGACAGCGCAUACGACUUCAAUGCACCAAUGCACAACGGGUAUCACCACCCUCAAGGCAAUGGCUACGACGAUAUGGUCUUUCCUGAACGGAAGAUGUACUGA